AAAAAUCAUCAUGCAAUUUAAUACUCCACUAAUCCAUCGCUCUCUCUAUUCCCUCUUCUCUAUCUAUUUAAAACAGAAAUCCCCUCUACUCUGCAUAUCAAUCCUCUCAAUCUGCGACAUUCUUCUAGUAUAGAGAAUCAAAACUCUACUACUCGCAAAUCCCACGCCAGCAGGGUCUCCAUUCCAACGAAGUUAUGGAAGGGGCAGAGGAUAAUCGUCAGGAGAAGACGUCGGUGUUCCAGAAGGCCAAGGCAAAGGCGAGGAAGAUGAAGGAUACGAUUAAAAUGAAAACUGGUCACGGCCAAGAUCUUGAUAAUACCAAUCAGAAUGAUCAGGGUCACGAUGAGGAAGAAGAUGAACAAAUGGUGGAAGACUCGGAAGUGCAUGACACCGUACCAAAGUACGAGUCUCCGGCAGUUACGAGCACCGUGGCAGGGCAGAAGAAGCCCGAUGACAAGUUGGGAAAACCAGCAACGGCGGCGGAGGAUCAAUACGGUUCCAAAUACACAGACGCACAAACAAGGCCAUCUUCGCAGUGGCCGGACGAGAACACAGACAACCGUGGGGUGGAUACUGCAAGGCCAACCGGCAUGGGGGCGGCCGGCGUGCAGGUGCCGAAGAACAGAGACGGCUUGUUUUCGUCUUCCGGAGCUCUCGGAGCCCCGGGCUCUGAAUCCGCUGGGAAUUUUGUGCAUGGGGAUGGUGGUCACAUGGGGGAUCCGAAGAUCAGCUCGGAAACACCAGCUGCAAUGGAGGAGGAUCCUUACAAGCCCGAUUAUCAGAGCAAAGUCGCCGAUCCAACUGGCGCUGGUGGUGAGGAAGCAGGGAUUAAUUCAAUUAUGAAGUCUUUCAACAAAUUGAACGUCGACGAUGGCGAACCAGAAUCGAAACCAAUCUCCGAACGGGCACCCGAAACGUACACAGAAAGCCAAGAUCACUUCUCACAAGAACCUAUUCUACCCACUUCCACCAUCAACCCCGACGAUCCAGGGUCAAUCUCGAAAAGCUUUGAUGGUGAUAAACCUGAAGACGCACCACUCGACAACGUUACCAAUCUAUCAUCAAACCAAAGCAGCUACGCCCAGAAGAUCCCAUAUGCCGAUAAGGCAAUUGCAGCUAAGAAUGUGGUCGCUUCGAAGCUGGGAUACGGCAGUACCGAAGAUCCCACUACAUCACCGAAAGCUACUCAAGGAGGAGAAGAGAUUGGAAAACCGGGGAUGACGACAGAUUAUGGACAAAAAAUUGUUGCCCCGGAGUCUUUCAAUAAAGUGAACGCCGACGACGGCGAACCAGAAUCGAAACCAAUCUCCGAACGGGCACCCGAAACGUACACAGAAAGCCAAGAUCACUUCUCACCAGAACCGAUUCCACCCACUUCCACCAUCAACCCCGACGAUCCAGGGUCAAUCUCGAAAAGCUUUGAUGGUGAUAAACCCGAAGACACACCACUCGACAACGUUACCAACCCACCAUCAAACCAAAGCAGCUACCCCGAGAAGAUCUCGUAUGCCACUUCUGCAAUAACUGAUACGGCAAUUGCAGCUAAGAAUGUGGUCGCUUCGAAGCUGGGAUACGGCAGUACCGAAGAUCCCACUGCAUCACCCAAAGCUACUCAAGGAGGAGAAGAGAUUGGAAAACCGGGGACGACAACCGUGUAUGAGAAGGUUUCCAACGCUGGGAGUUCAGUGGUGACACCCUUGUACGGGAAGGUUUCCAAUGUUGGGAGUUCAGUGGUGUCGAAGGUGCGUGGAACGGGUACGAAGCAGGAUCAAGGGGUUGAAGGGCAGGAUCAAGGAGAUGAAGGGCAGGAUCAAGGGGUGAAGGGGUAUCUGGCUGAGAAGCUGAGGCCGAGCGAUGAUGAUAAGGCGCUUUCCGAAGUGAUAUCGGAUACUUUGCAUAACCGAAAACAAGAAGUAGAUGGGGAGGAGGAGGGGGAGAAUCAGAAGCCAGCGGUGGGGACUGUGACGGAGUCAGAGGAAGUGAGGGAGCGAUUGGGAAGCGACGAGGGUAAUAGGGGGAUGACGGAAACUGAAUCCAAGGCUGCUGCUAAUGCGAGUCCUACUGGGAAAGGCAUGGUGGAAAGUGUUAAAGGUACGGUUACUUCCUGGUUUUCAAGGGGUGGAGAUCAAAAGCAGACUUCUGAAGCAUCACCAGGCACUAUACCAGAGGAAGAACGAUUAUCGAGUUCAACCGGUGAAGAAGCCGUCGGUCAUGGCCAAAUCGGUGUUGGAGAACCAGGAGAGGGGAGACUCCAGGAAUCAGGCAAAUAAUUUAUAAGCCAAGCCAAGCUGUUAAAAGUCCCUCCUUGUGUUUUUUGUUUUUGUGUUGUCUGUCUGUCUGUUGUGUGUAAUCUUGAUGAAUGUUGUGCAAGUGAAUUGUCAUUUUGGUGUGUUGCGAUGUACCUAUGACUUCGAAUAAUUUGGUUGGAUAAAUAAAUUGGUCUAUUUUGUUCAAACAAGCAAA